AUGAUAUUCGAUCUUCCUCCACGCACUCAAGGGGAUUCACCAAGGAAAAUGCCUCCAAGGAGCAUGUCUACGCCAUACAAUAUUACCAAUCAUACAAAACCUACGCAGAGAGAAACCAAUAUUUUGAAUUUUGCAGAAACAAAUGAUUCGGUUUUGGAUAGCUUUAGUCCCGAAGACCAAGCACUUCUGAGAGAGUUAGAAGCCACAGAAACAAGCGAAUUAAAUUCAAAUCUCGCAAAUAUUCUUGAAAAACAGAUAGAAUUAAAUAGAAGAGUUGAACAAUCAAUGAAUAAAUUUACAGAAACAAUACAACAAGCUCAAGACUUAAUUCCAUACCUAACGGAUUCUACAAACAAAUAUCAGGAAGCUCAAGAAAUUGCUGCUAAUAUUAGCGCAAUAACGCAGUUUAGAAAUUUAGAUGCAGCAGAUUUGACUCCAAAAAAUACAUCUUUGUUUGAAUAA